CAUUGUGCCGCCAGAAGCAGGAAUGCGAAGAUGGCUGCAGACCUGGGAGAGCUGCUGGUCCCUUACAUGCCCACCAUCCGAGUGCCCCGGACAGGAGACAGGGUUUUCAAGAGCGAGUGUGCCUUUUCCUACGAUUCUCCCGAGUCUGAGGGAGGCCUGUAUGUGUGUAUGAACACAUUCCUGGGCUUUGGAAGAGAACAUGUGGAGCGGCAUUACCGCAAAACAGGACAGAGUGUUUACAUACACCUUAAGCGACACGUCAAAGAGAAAGCAACAGGUGCAGCGGGUGGCGCCAUCCCCAGGAGAAGAAAUGGGAAAGUGUUUCUAGAUUUGGAGUUAAACCGCGAUUUUAAUGGGGAGGACUAUGAGUAUGAGGACGAAGCCAAGCUCAUCAUAUUCCCAGACCACUACGAGAUCCCCUUACCGAAUAUCGAGGAGUUGCCAGCACUGGUGACAAUAGCCUGUGAUGCCGUGCUCAACGCGCCAUCGGCCUACAAGAAGCAGGAGCCGGAGUCCUGGGAGGAGGAGAUCCAGGUGUCCAGACACGCGAGGAGCCUCAGACAGCAGGACAAUGGAGUCCGGAUCCCACCCAGCGGGUGGAAGUGUCAGAAAUGCGAGAUGCGGGAAAACCUGUGGCUGAACCUGACAGACGGCGCUGUGCUCUGCGGGAAGUGGUUCUUCGACGGGAGCGGGGGAAACGGUCACGCCCUGGACCACUACAGACAGACCAACUUCCCCCUUGCUGUCAAGCUGGACACCAUCACCCCCGAUGGUGCAGAUGUGUACUCAUUUGAGGAGGAAGAAGCCGUGCUGGACCCUCACAUAUCAGAGCACUUAUCACACUUUGGAAUAGACAUGCUACAGAUGCAACAGAGGAUGGAGAACGGGCACCACACAGACAACAACGCACGACCGCGGGUCAGCGAGUGGGAGGUGAUCCAGGAGUCCGGCAUGAAGCUGAAGGUGGUGUAUGGCUCAGGUUACACAGGCAUGAAAAACCUGGGCAACAGCUGCUACCUGGGCACCGUCAUGCAAGUCCUCUUCAGCAUCCCCGAGUUUCAAAGGAUGUAUGUGGGCAAUCUCCAGAGGAUCUAUGACUACUCACCCCUCGACCCCACCCAGGACUUUGCCACACAAAUGGCUAAACUGGGUCACGGACUGCUGUCAGGCCAGUACUCCAAACCGCCCGUGAAAUGUGAGCUCAUUGAACAGGUGAUGAAAGAAGAAUACAAGGUAUUAAACUGGCAGCAGCAGAAGGGCAUCUCUCCCCGGAUGUUCAAGGCCCUGGUCAGUAAAGGACACCCGGAGUUCUGCUCCAACCGCCAGCAGGACGCCCACGAGCUCCUCCUGCAUGUCAUCAACCUGGUGGAGAGGAACAGCGCGGGCUCGGAGAACCCGAGUGACGUCUUCCGCUUCCUGGUGGAGGAGCGCGUGCAGUGCUGCCAGACGCGGCGAGUUCGCUACACGCAGCGGGUGGACUACCUCAUCCAGCUGCCCGCCCCCAUCGAGGCCGCCACCAACAGAGAGGAACUGCUGGCAUACGAGGCCAAGCGAAGGGACGCAGAGGAGAACUUGCGGCCCCCUCCCGAGCCGGUGAGGGCCCGCAUCCCAUUCACCGCCUGCCUGCAGGCCUUCACCGAGCCGGAGAACGUCCCUGACUUCUGGAGCUCAGCGCUGCAGGCCAAGUCCGCCGGAGUCAAGACUUCCCGUUUUGCCUCCUUCCCAGAAUAUUUGAUCAUGCAGGUCAAGAAAUUCACGUUUGGGGUUGACUGGGUCCCCAAGAAACUGGAUUUGGCCAUCGAUGUUCCAGACUUCCUGGAUCUAAACCGGCUCCGGGCCACAGGACUCCAGGCGAGCGAGGAGGAGCUGCCAGACCUCUCACCUCCUAUUGUACUCCCCGAAGACACCAGAGAUAACUCCAUGAGCUCCAUCGACUCUCCGGAAAUAGACGAGGCGUCAGUAAUGCAGCUGGCAGAGAUGGGCUUCCCGCUGGAGGCCUGUCGGAAGGCAGUCUACUACACCGGCAACAUGGGCCCCGAGAUGGCCUUCAACUGGAUCAUAGCCCACAUGGAGGAGCCUGACUUUGCAGAGCCCCUUACUCUGCCCUCCAUGAUGGACGCUGCUCCCUCCUCCAGCGACCUCCCCAUGGGAGCCACCCCACUGGACAACUCGCCCCCUGAAGAGAGCAUUGCCAUCCUCACCUCCAUGGGCUUCCCCCGCAGUCACACCAUCCAGGCCCUCAGAGCCACGAACAACAACCUGGAACGAGCGCUUGACUGGAUCUUCACGCACCCUGAGCAGGAGGAGAGUGAUGCCAUGUCAGACAUGGCCGACACAGAGCCCAAUGACAACGCCUUCUCCAACACCAACUCACACAGUGACUCCACACUGUCCCCAGACCGGGACGCCUCUGGUCCACGGAUCAAAGACGGACCGGGACGUUAUGAACUGUUUGCCUUCAUCAGCCACAUGGGAGCAUCCACAAUGUCCGGUCAUUAUGUAUGUCACAUCAAGAAGGAGGGAAGGUGGGUGAUCUACAACGACCACAAAGUGUGUUUGUCAGAAAGGCCUCCUAAAGACUUGGGCUACAUCUACUUUUAUCAUCGACUGUCCAGCAGCUAG